AUGCAAGAAUUUAAUUUUUAAGUAUAUUAAAAACCAAAAAAUGAAUUUGAUAUAAGUUAUGAAGAACAAAUAAAACAAAAAAAAUAAAGACUUUGGACAGGAAAACCUAUACCUAAAUAAUAGGAUAAUUCAGAUGAUGAUAUAUUUGAUUUACCAUAAAAAGAAAAAUAAAUUGAAAUAAAUAAAGUUGAACAAGAAAUUCAAAGAAAUCCUUAAGAAAAUGUUUAAACAUUUCAAAAAGUUGAAAAUGAUAAUUAUUAAAUAGAAAUUGUUGAUGAAGAAGCAGCUAUGAUGAGAAGAAGAAGAGUUAUAUAAUCAAGAUUAGCAGAAGAAUAAUAAUUAUUAUAAUAAGAAUAAUAAUAAACUUAAGAAUAAAAAAAAGAGAAGAAACAAAAAAAGAAAGAAAAAAAAAACAAAAAGAAAAAAGAAGAAACUUUUAAUUAAAAUGAAUAUGAUGAAAAAUAGUAAGAAGAAGAAGAAUUAUAAGAAUAAUAAAAAUAAGUUGAAUUACUAAAACCAGUAUUCGUUUCAAGAGUAUAAAGAGAUUAAUUAGAUAAAAUAGAGGAGGAAGAAAUUAGAUUAAAAGAAGAAAAAGCUAAAAAUCUUGAAAGAAUGAGAUUGGAAAAUAAAAUAUUAAUUUUAAAUUCUGUUAAAGCUGAUGCUUCAAAAGCAGUUAAUGAAGAUAGUGAUGAUGGUUAAGAAAAAUUAAAUGAUGAAGAUACAUUAGAUGAAACUGAAUAUGCAUUAUGGAAAAUAAGAGAAUUAAAAAGAAUUAAAUAAUUCAAUGAUGAAAAGAAUAAAUAUGAAAUAGAAAAGGUUGAAAUAGAAAGAAGAAGAAAUUUAACAGAUAUGUAAAGAAUUUAAGAAGAUUUUAAAUUGGGAUCUGAUAAAACUAAAAUGGAAGAAAAAACAAAGUAUGCUUUUAUGUAGAAAUAUUAUAAUACCGGAGCUUUUUAUAAAGAUAUGGAGGAUCCUAUUUUUUAAAGAGAUUACAAUUUACCAGUUGGAGAAGAUUUAUGGGUAUGAUUAAUUUAUUUAUUAUCACUUAGAGAAAGGAUAAUCUACCUUAGAUCUUAUAAAAAAGAAGAGGAGAAUUUGGAAAGAAAGGAAACUCUAAAUAUACACAUUUAACAUAAGAAGAUACAACUAAUUUUGAUCCAAGUUAUUAAGUUGAUUAAAAUAUCAGAUAAAAAUUCUUAAAUUAAUAAGGAGGAUCAAAAUCUUCACAAACUUUUUUCAAAUAGUUUAAAAAAAAUUGA